AUGAAGCAACAGUUAUGUGUUUGCAAAACUCAUAAAAAAUCAACUCACGUUUGCUUGAGAUCUUAUGAAAAAUAUAUGAGAACACAAUUUUGGUUAAAACAACGUUUUUCAACAGACUCUCAAACGCCGCCCGAAAUCAGCGUUGAAAAGCCAUGGGUACACGCAGGCGAAGGUCACGAAGCACAACUUGUAUGCAUUGUACAUGGCGAAGCAAAUCCAGAGUUAAAUAACUUUUAA